AUGCAGUUACUCUGGCUAUAUUCACAAUCAGUAAUGGAAACUCGUUUUUUUACAUAUAUUUGUGUGUCGAAACGAUUUCGUCGUCAAGCAAAAUAUGUUUUUUAUGAGACUUAUACGAAUCGAUGUGGAAAGAAUCGAGUCAAUCCAAAUGAAAUGAAAAUUCAAGUAUUUCAUAUGCUCUACCAAGAUUACCGAAAAACACAAUAUGUUAGUUGCAUCUUCGGGCAUCAAAUCGAUUGCCUUAAUAAAAUCAAUGAUAAUGAACACAUGUCGAAAAUAAUUUCUCUUAAUUUUACAUCCAAUGCUUCUUGA